CCUCGCGGAAGCUGCAGAAAGAGAGAGACCGAGGGGAAGAGAGACGAGAGAGGGAUCCAGAAAGAGAAAGAGGGGAUGCUGUGGAUCGACUCGUCCGGAAGGAGUCUUAUUGUGGUUGUUUUCUAACCUGAGCAGCCGCCGUUAACGGGGAAUUAAAAAAGGACCACAGUCUGAGAAGGGAAGGACAAGGUGUCGGUCGGUGUUUUGUGAAGCUUCCCAAACCGUCCUUCCAUUUGUUCCUCUUAUUUUCUUCGCAUCCCUCCCUCGUCCUCCUCCUCCUCCUCUUCUUCCUCCUCCAUCUCCUCUUCCUCUUCUUUAAAGAGGCCCGAGAGCCGCCUCGCGCGCUGCAGGGUGCCAUCAUCCGCCGCCUGGUGUGUGUUUUUAUUUUUGUACAUUUCUUUUUUUUUUAUUUUCUUUUUUUCUUUUUUUUUGUUUCUUUUCUGACUUCGCCGGAGCGUCUGUCCGCGUGCCUGACCGCGAGCACACACACGCAGAGAGCGCGAGGCACCCCCGGGAGGGAGCUGUCCGGUGCUGAAGUUGCAUUUCUCUCCAUCUCUCUCCAGGAGGACUACACCGGGGAAAAGAGUCACGGACACAGAGACAGAAAAACAGGAGAAGACACAAUAAUCUGGCGGGGGUUGCGUCUCAACUCUGUCGGAUCAAUUCACAGCUUCCUCCAAAAACAAAAAAAACAAGACAAUCUUCCUCCGGUUCGUCACGGGCGAGUCUCCACGCUGGCCAGGCCGUCGGCGAUCGCCUGUGUUUGUGAGAGUGUGUCGUUGUGUUCGUGAGAGUGUGCCGGUGUCGCAUCACCAUGCCGAGGUCUUUCCUGGUGAAAAAGGUAAAACUGGAUGAUUUCUCCACCGGGGCGGAUCUGGAGAAUGCCUACCGGCACAGGACAGACCUCAGCCUGCGGCUCCACGACAAAGCUGGGUACAUCAGUGACUACAUCAGCCCUGGUGUGUACGAUGGUGAGAGCGACAGUGGGAUCAAGGUGCCCUCCCCUGACCCCCUCUACGAUGGCCUGCACAGCGACUACGGGGCCCCCGAUUCUGAGUCUCCUGACAGCCCCGGCUCAGAAAUCACAGAUGGGUACAUUAACGGAGACGCAGCAGUGAGUGAGGGUUACACAGUCGAUGCCUUCUUCAUCACCGACGGCCGCUCGAGGAGGAAAGCCCUGGGCAGCCCCAGAAACAUCCAGAGGCACACCUGCAACGAGUGCGGCAAAACCUACGCCACGUCUUCCAACCUGAGCCGGCACAAACAGACACACCGCUCGCUGGACAGCAAGUUGGCAAAGAAAUGUCCGACUUGCGGGAAGGUGUACGUGUCCAUGCCCGCCAUGGCCAUGCACCUGCUCACUCACGACCUCAAGCACAAGUGUGACGUGUGCGGGAAAGCGUUCAGUCGACCUUGGCUUUUACAGGGUCACAUGCGCUCUCACACGGGCGAGAAGCCGUUUGGGUGCGCUCACUGUGGCAAGGCUUUCGCAGACCGCUCAAACCUGCGCGCUCACAUGCAGACCCACUCGGCCUUCAAACACUUCAAGUGUAAACGCUGCAACAAGACCUUCGCGCUCAAGAGUUACCUGAACAAGCACUACGAAUCCGCCUGCUUCAAAGGCCCCUUCUCCCCUCUCGGCCCCCUCGAUGCAUGACCCCCUGCAUAGAUUAACAAAGCAAGAGACAAAACUGCAGACACAAAUGACCAUUAUCCUUAAAGACUGAACUGCAGACACAAACAAACUAUUUUUGGUCACAAUAUGACCUUGCUUUCCCUUUUCCCAGUCUCUCACUUUCCCCCUUUCCCCACACCUUUGUUUCCCUUGGAGCCUAUUCAUGACGAUGAAGAUGAUGAAGAUAGCACAAUUUUUCUCCUUGAGAUUUGCCCACUUAAGGAUUUAUCUGAUCUACGCAUGCACUUCCUCAAAAACUCUUCACCUCCUUUUCCUCUGUCUGUUCUGGAUAGAGACAAUAAUACUAACACAGCUUCCUUCUGGCAUCUAGAUACAGUUUGACUGCAUAUAUUUUGGAACAUUGAUAAUGAUGAGGAUGACGACAAAGAGAAUAGUAAGCCUAUAACGACUGGGUUCCUUCCUGCACUGAAACGCAGAGAAGCAGUUUUUCCUUCUGAUUUUGUUUUUAGGGGGGAAGAAUAGUAAUAAUAAUAGUAAUAAUAUUGAUAAUAAUAAUGUUCUGCUGCACCAAGUGACCAUAUUUUCUCCACUACUGAGGUAAAAAUGCUAUUUAUAAUUUAUUUAUUAUUUAUUUAUUUAUUUAUUUAUUAUGUACAUUUAUUUAUUUAUUUUCCAUUUUUUUGCUUAUUUGUAUUUGAUUUGUUUAUACCUGAUUUGAUAACAAUGAAGUGAUGUUUCAAUAUUUGUUGCACUUUAAUUUCUGUAUAUGUAUGUAGGAUAUUUGCCAACCUCUUUUUAUCACUACAGGCCAAAGCAUAUGUCACUUUUUACUAUUUUUUCCUAUUAUGUUGUUUACCUUUUUUAUUAACGUUAUUGCAUGCAAAAAAGAAAAAAAAAUGAAAUCUAUGCCAACAUCAUAAAAAGCUUAUGAUUUUUGCCAAAAUCCUAUAGAUAGAACCUGAGGGCAAUAUUUUUCUCUUGGAGCCUCCGUAGGACUCUUUAAAAGCAAUAAUCACCUAAUGCAUGGUAUUUUAUGAUGAAGUUAUGAAGUAUUACCUACUACUGUAUAGCAGUUUAAAAAUCAGGUAUGUUUUACUUCACCUAUAGUCAUAAACAGAAAAAUACUAAUAUUACAGACAUCAGGGAACAUGCCAAUGUAGUGUUAGAGUAACAAAAAGAAAAGUCCUGUCUUUCCUCUCUUGUUAUGCACUGCCUGCCUCUUAGUGUGUAGAACUAAAGUAGGAUGUAGGCUAGAGAGGCUGGGAUCAGCUGCCUGCUGGGUUUUGAGGCCUAUUGUAGGAUAACUAGAGUCCUGACUGGCCUUAUCCGGGCUCAUUCUCACACGAAACAACAAAAACCAGGAGAGCCUCAGUUCAGAUCAGACAUUGAAAUGUUGUACUAAGAUAUCUCAUUGGCCUUUCAUGUGAAUUCAGUUGUUUCAUGAAGGAUAAGAGAUGUUCAAAUACACCUCAGAGCAUUGGAAAGAUCAUCCCUGGGUCAAACAGCCAAAUGACGCACAAACAUGUCCAAUUAUUAACAAAAAGAAAAGUAGACCUACAAAUGUUGCACCCACCCAAAGUGAUAAGGAUAAGUGAUAAGGAGUGUGAACACUAUUUGGCAACUCUGAGUAUAUUUUCAGUUGAGAUCCAAGUCAGAGCUUGGUGCAUUGUUAUAGUUGGACUGAGGUCAACUUCAAAUGCAAUGCAUUAUUGAACGUCCCUUCCAGUGCACUUCCAAACCAUAAAGCGUGCAUUCUUCAGCCACAGAAAUUGCAGCACUCUAGGUCGAUGGUCUGACUGCAGCUUAACUGUGCCAUAGAUACAUUAGAUGGACUCCUGAUUAUUCUGCAGUAGGCCCCAUUUAUCCCUACAGGGCAAGCCAUAGGCUAACUCUAUGAGUGAUAAACCACAGACAGGCUAACUCUAAUCAACCCCAACCCAUAGAUGGUUUAACCUUUGAUCUAGCUAGCCAAUACCAGUGUUGCUGAACCCAGUUCUCUGCAGCUCAGAAACCUUUUCUACAGAUUUAUGGAGCUUCCCACGAGACAGACUGAGGACACACAGAUCUUCUGAGUGCAUGUUUAUGUUUAGAUGCCAUAUGUCAUUAUUGUAAACUUAGAUAGAAACACAAAUGUACACAUGUGUAUCUGUACAUGCACACGCACACACACAGUGCCUGCUGAGGAGCUGCUUGGACAGACCCUGAGAGAAUGUGUGGUUGAAACUAAACCUCUGUACAGUUAAAAGAAGAACAGAUAACACGUAAAUGACAAGAGUUUUGGUAAUUGCAGAGCUUCCUCAGAUUUGUCAGUUAAAGAUGGGUUUGACUGAUAAAUAUCAUUUUGAUGUAGAUGGGCUUAAUGGGGAAUCUGCGCUGACACAUGAACCCAUUAGUUGAUUUCAUUUACAUCUUAGUCAUAUCUCUCUGCUCAUGUGACAAUGUUCUACAGUCAAAGAGUCGACCUUUUGAAUAAAACUGUGUUGCAGAAGGCGAUGCCAUCAGUUACAAAGAGGGCUUUUAAAAAAUGUAACUCACAAGUCAAUAACAAAGAAUCUGAGAAGAAAUCAGCGUUUGAGUCAGCAAAUUGCAGGUCUUAUCUUCCCCCUGAUGUGUGAACUAGAUACGAGCUGCAAUUACCUCAAUUGUAGCCUGUUAGUCAGAGCUGUGACUUCUUAGACUGACAUUUUCACAUUUUUAUCUGUGAUUUUUAAUACCAGGACAUAAUAAUCUCUACAUACAAAGUUAAUCAAACACAAUUGUCAGUUAGGUGCUAGGAACAGCAUAAUUUCAGUAUAAAAAGAACAAGUACAGUAAAAAAACAGAAAACAAAAGCAUUAGUUUCAUCAGAGAUAACAAAAUGCUUGUAUUUUAAUCACUGAAUCUAGGAAUAAAACAGUAGAAACACAAGCUAUGACUGACUACAGUGUGAUGGUACGAAACACUGACUGCAACUUUUUUUUACUGCAAUCAAAACAUCCUAAAGCUGUUGUUGUGUGGCUGUGUUGUGCCUUUAAGGCAGAAAGGUGAAGUUGUGUACCUGUUUGUGUGUCUGUCUCUGGGUGAGCUCCAGAUCUGUUUUCUCUAAGCACUUCCAUUCUAGUCAUCUCCACCUUAAAGAAAGUAGCACAAUGAAACUAACUAGAAUUCAGGUAGAGAAGAAUUAAAAACCUUGUACUAGCUUGACCUCUCUUCUUUUUUUGUAUUUCCAAGUUAAAGAAUGAUGAUAACCUAAAUAAUCAUUUAUUGCAAGAGGGUUUGUAAAGAAUCCUUUGGAUUGAGACAUUUUUACUGCUGUAUAGUGAUAUCUGACACACCAUGUCUCACGAGGUUUGACUCUCUGUUGCAGAGAGAGGAUCUCCUGAGUUUUUUGAGCCAGUAUUCAGACAAUGUAAGCACAAUGAACACAAAGCAUUUUGUGGCACUUCAUAAUAAAGAAUAAUCUUAACCAACCAA